ACGCAGAGCACUAUUACAUAAACUCGGUCUGGACGUUGCAAAUUAAGAACUGGGGACGUCGUGAGCAAGCCAGUGGUCUCAAGUAUAUCUGACCAGAGUGAUCGUCGACAUAGGUAUUUGUCGCUAACUUAAAAGGCCGAGGAAAUAAAUAUCAAGGCACUUCAGACCCAACUGACUGAAGAACGAGUUGUCAACACACGUGGCUUUCGUUCCCUCCCCUAACAUCCGGGUGCCAUCGACGAUCACAUACUACCAUCUUGACAUUUCUCAGAACCCUGAUAUUAUCCACCAGAUUCUGUAGAAGUAAUCAAGAAACAUCUUAUCUGCAAUGCUCAACGAUGACGCUUCAAGAAUCGUGACUGAAAAUCUGGCCUCAUCUGAAGACUUCUUGCCAGGACGCCAACCGGAAGUCCAGCCAGAGAGUCCCGUGACCCUGCGUGAGUCGGAUGCUGACGAUCUGUUCGACUCCCAGUACGUCCUCCCCUCCGACUGCAAAUGGUGGCAAUACUUGCCAGAUCUCCCACAUUAUGAAACUGACGGCGACUUUAGCGUGAUGGACCUCUACGCUGAAGACUACUUGAACUGUUCCAGUCUCCGGGAAGAUGUGGACAGUGCAGAUGAUGACAACGAAGGGGUUGCUGUUCACGAGCGUGUAUACCAUUUGGACACUAGGUGGACAACAAUAUGGGGACUGGACAUCAUCUGGGAGGAAUGAAGAUGAAUAGUGCAUAUACAUGUAGUCGUAAGGGGAAUGUUACAGUGAGGUACAUAUGCCCUGUACGUAUCAUUGUAAUAAAGGGUCGUUAUCGUC